CUAAACCUCAAAAUCAUUUUUAUAUAUUAUUACUAUCGGCCUAAAUCGUAAAAGUCGUAUAUCCAAAAUGGUAAAUUUUACAGGACAAGAAAACAAAGUUACAAACAUUUUGUCGGCCUAAUUCCCUAAUUCACAAAGUCAUGGAUAAAUUCAGCACAUCCCGUUAUAAACUCAUAACUCAUAACACAAUUAACAUGAAAUUUUCUAAGCUAAAAACAUAAAAAGGAUUCUGACGGUUCUGUGAUUUUGGACUAAAUAUAUUAAAAUGUCGUCAAAUAGUACUUUUGAAGAUUCUAAAAAUACUGAUAUGCUUACUCGAAGUUGUUCAGAUCGAAGUAAUGACCGAAAUCGAGACGCUUAUAGUAACCGUGAACGAGGUUAUGAUCAAUUAAAGCAACAAUGUGAUAAAGCAAUGCAUGAUUUAAUGAUGUUGAAAAGACAACACGGAGAAACAGUGCAAAGAUACGAUCAGACAAGAACAGAAUUAGAAUAUUAUCGUGGUCAAAAUCAAGUUGCGAUUAAUGAAAUCGAACUGGUUGCCCAAGGAUCAUCAUCAUUUGGUGCUAAACAAGCUGCCACAAAACAAAUUUUGAAUAGAUCCAAACAGGAUAUCCCUGAAGACGAUACAGCAAGUAGUGAUUCGCUUAAUGAUCACUUCAUGUCAUAUGAUUCAAGGCUAGAAGAUUAUGCAGCUUUGAGAAAAGUAUAUGAAGACUUGCACACUACGUAUUCAGCAGCUGUUGAUAAAAUGGACAUGAUGAAAGAUGAAAUUAAUCAACUAAAAAAACAAUGUAAUGAAUUAUUUAAAGAACGGGAUAUUGCUUUUCGAGAAAGAGAUAGUUCAAAACAACAGUGUACAGCUGCUAUACGUCGAUGGAAUUUAACACUUCAAGAACGUGAUUAUCUUCAAGAAACUAUACAUAUAGUUCAACAACAACAUGAAGAAGCAGUCAAAGAGAUGAAAGCUGCCGUUGCUUAUAGUGUAAAAAGUAGUACAGAACUUAAAGAAUUGAAUAAAGCUCAUGAUGAUGAUGUUAAAGAAUAUAGACUUAUUAUGAGUGAGCGCGAUAGUGUUCAUAAUGAACUCGAAAAGCUCUCUAAAGAAUUAUCUCAAGCUUACUACAAAAAUAAAUCAUUGGAAAAUGAAAUAAAAUCUUGUAGAGAUGAAAAAAAAACUCUACAAUUGCACUUUGAAUCAUUAAAACGUGAAUUAUCAUCAGCAUUACACGAUCGUGAUAAAGCACUUAAAGAAUGUAAUGUUUAUCAGGAAAGAUUUGGCGAGAUAACAGCUAAAAAUGAAUCUCAAAGAGAAUUUAAGAGUUACUUAUAUCAUGGCUUAAGUAAAGAAAUAGAAAAUAGAAAAGAUUCACCAGAAAAAGUAGCUUCUUUAGAUUUAUUUAACUCUUGUCAAAAAGAACGUAUCGAUAAUCUAGAUCAAGCAAAUCAGGAAAUUGAACGCUUAAGAAAAUUAUCUGAUAAAUAUCAUAAUGAAUUAGAAGAGUCUUUAGACGAAGCGGAAGUAUCUAAAAGACGCCGUGAUUGGGCUUUUAGUGAACGCGAUAAAAUUGUGUUAGAGCGUGAAAGUAUACGAACCCUCUGUGACAGUUUAAGAAAACAGCGCGAUGAUGCUGUAGGCAAGUUAGCGCGUGCUAUUAGAGACUGUGAUGAUAUAAUGAAACAAAAAAAUGAUACUGCUAAAGAACUCAGUGUUAUCAAGGAAAAAAUGGAAGCUCAAUUAGAAAAAGAAGUUAAUUCACUACAAUUACAGGCUACAUGUCGUUACAGUCAAGUAUCUGCAAUAGAUACCGUCCAUCAAGACUGGGAUACAGAAGUAUUAAAUAUUGAUAUAGGUGUUCUAGGGACAAAUGAAGAUUUAGGGAUUGAUUUACUUGGUGGAAGAGAUGCUCCUUUGUGUCCCAACAAUAAUGCAAUUUAUAUAUCAUCUAUCAAUAAAGGAAGUGUUGCAGCAAGGAAAUUGAGAGUUAAUGAUUGUAUAUUAAGAUUGAAUAGCCUUGAUUGUACAUCAAUUAGUAAGCAAUUAGUUUUGGAGACUAUGAGAUCAUUAAGCAGUGCUACUUUGGUUGUAAGACGAAGAAAGCCUGCUUCCCCAUCUAGGAGUCUUUUCACAACUCAACUCGAUAUAAAUAAUUAUGAUCAUGGAAUCUCAUUGGAAACUGGUGUAUACAUUAGUAAAAUAGCACCUGGAUCAAUGGCUGCUAAAGAUGGAAAUUUAGAUGUUGGUGAUAGAGUAUUAAGUAUUAACAACACAACAGUAGAUAAUGUAAAACAUUCAAGAGAAGCUAUGCUAUUACUGUAUGAACCUGGUGAUGUAUUAACUAUUACAACUAUAAAAUCUACAUAUUGUGCUGGAAAUUGUGGUUCCGGUCCAAAUCGUGAUACUUAUAAAAAAUAUACUAAUAGUACAACACAAACAGAUAAAUCUAGUUAUUUAAUACAUCAAGAAUCUCAUCAAAAACCUCAAUAUAUUCAGUCAAGAAGAAUGAUGAUUAAUGUACCAGAAAAACCUCAUAGAAAUCCUUUACCUGUCAAUAAUUCUAUCUCCAAACGAGGUCAAGAAGAUGGUAUAGUAGAAUUAGAUCCUGUAAUUGAUGCUUUUAAAUCACAUCCUCCACCCCCCACUACUACUAAAUAUCCAAGUCAACAUAGAAAAUCUAAGGAAUUAGAUAAGAUUAAUGGCACUUGGCCAAAAGCUAGAAGUAUUCCUGUAAUUGAACAUGGAACUUGUACAGUAUUUCAUUCUCGUAAAAAUAAGGAACGUUUGCCAUUGCCUGUACUUUUAAAUAGAACUCCGUCUUGGUCAUCUCAAAAUAAUUCAAAAACUGAUACAUCUAUAGAUUUCUCUGUCAAAUCUGGUAAAGUUGGUAAAGAUGUGAUGGACUACUAUGUUAAAAAGAUAACUGGUAAAUAUAAAAAUAGCGAUACUGAAAGUAAUGCUGAGGAUAGCCUCACAGCAAGACCUACAUCACAUAAUAUGUAUGGACCACCAUCAACAAACGCUCAUCAUUUUCUCACUCCACAAGAUAGUAUAUAUUCUCAACCAUCUCCAUCUCAUAGUGGAGAAUCAAUGUUAUAUUGUUUUGAACCUCCUUACCGUCAUGUUUCUCAAUUUCAACACAGUAACUCUCCAUCGGUUGAUAUGAACUACAAUAGAUGUACAACUCGAUCACCUCAUCGCAUUAUGACUAAUAUUGGCUUUCAUAGUGAAGUUAUGCUUGAAUCUCAUCAAGGUUAUGAAGUAGGUACAUUUCCUAGAAAGAGUGAAACUCUUAGGCUCAGAAUACCUUCCAACCAUAGUGUGACUAGUAAAAGUAGUGGUGGUGCAGUUGGCUUAUCAACUGGGAGUAUUGAUGGAUCUGUAAGUAGUGAAAUAAGGGAUAGCCCAAUGCCUAAACAUAGAGUUGAAGUUCUUAAUCCUGGACAAAUACCUAUGCCUGCCAACAAGCGACAAUCGUUACCUGAAUAUGAUUGGUCAUCAAAAUAUUUCAAAAAUCCAUUACUAAGAGGUGUUGGAAGUGGUUCAUUAACUGUGGGGUUGAGAAACAUCAAAAUAGAGAAAUCAUCCGAACCUCUUGGAAUUAAUAUAUUUUCUGUUGACAGUAGUGGAGUUUUUAUAUCUUAUAUUACUGAACAUAGUAUGGCUUUCAAAGCAGGUCUUCAAGUCGGAGAUCAGAUAUUAGAAGUUUGUGGAAUAAACUUGAGAAGUGCAUCAUAUCAAUUAGCUGCAAAUGUUUUACGGCAGUGUGGAAACUCAGUAACCAUGCUAGUACAUUACAACUUAGAUAAAUACAAAGAGUUAAAAGGUACCAAAAGUUCAACAAGCAGCCAUUCAGAAACUUUAACACCGUGCAAUUCACAUACUGUUAAUAGAAUGUCUACAGGUUCUUCAGUUAUAACUCAUGACAUGGCCACAUUACAUUUGCAAAAGAGUGAUCUAAAUACAGAUAGUAAAAGCUUAAGAGCAUGUGAACCACGGUAUUUUAUUAUGGAGACAAGGAAAUGUAGUAACUUAGGAAUAAGCCUAGUUGGCGGUAAUGCUGUUGGAAUAUUUGUACAUAGUGUUAACUUAAAUUCAUUGGCGUAUAACGCAGGUUUACGAACUGGUGAUUGUAUACUUGAAUAUAAUGGAACAGAUUUAAGAGAAGCAACUGCUGAAGAAGCAGCUUUUGAGUUAGCAAAGCCAGCUAAAAAAGUCACAGUUCUAGCACAGUAUUUAAUUGAUAAAUACAAUGAAAUAAAGGAAAAACCCGGUGAUAGCUUUUUUAUACGAGCAUUGUUUGAUCGUAUAGUUGAUUUAAGUGAUGCUGGUAGUAAUUCUUCUCAGCUACAAUUUCGCAAAGAUGAUGUUCUGUAUGUAGAUAGCACAAUGUAUAAUGGUGUUCCGGGAAAUUGGCGAGCGUGGUUAGUUGAUCACAAUGGUUAUAAACAACAAGUUGGGAUUAUACCUAGCAAAUACAAAGUUGAAGAAGAACUUGUAAUUAGACAUAGUGGAGGUAAAUUAGAAGGUGAUACACAACGUCCAACAAGACUCAGUUUCUUUAAACGUAAAAAGCAUCAACGCAGCAGUUCCAAAGAAUUGGCUAGUUUUUCAAAUAUAAACUUGGGUUGGUAUAAUAGUGACUCUGGUACUUUACAUGAUGAUGCCAUUGUGAUGCCUUCUUACCAAAUGUUAAAUUUUGAACCAAGCAUUCUAACCACCGAAUUAGUUAAUUUAAAAUCCACUGAGCAAGUGAUCGAAUCUAAAGAGUCUCGAUCGUCUCACGAUAAAAUUUCUGCAAAAGCAGCAAAAGAAAUGUAUGAACAUGCAUUAAAGCUUGAAUCUGAAUCUAAUAACAUUUCAGCAGUUAUACCAGCUGGAGUUAAUGUGGCAAACACGUGUACAAAAAUUAAAGCUGCCGUUGACUUGGAAAAAAGCAAAACACUUUGGGUUCCUUCCCCAACUCCACUUUGAUAACAAGUGUUUAUGAAUCAUUGUUACAUCUAAAACAAAUUAGUUUUAAAAUUAUUAUUAUUAUUUCUAUUUUACUAAUUUGGGGAUUCCCUUUGAGUUUUAUAUUGAACAAUGUAUUGUAAACUAUUGUUGGUUGUUGGAUUAUUUUUUUAUAUGUAAUAAUUUUGUAUUUUAAUAUGUUAUUGCUUAUAAUCAGUGCUUGUAAGUUCAUGCAUUUAUAUAUAAAUCUUGCUAAGUUGUAUUUAAUGCUACAUGACAUAGAAAUCCAUUUCAAGGUACCAUGGUUAAACAUGUGAAGUUUUGUUUUGCAUGUUUUUGCAUAUUUAGAGGUUUUUUGCCUAUUGUUGGAAUAUUUAUGCAUAAUUCUAUUUUUAUCGGGCAUAUUAUACAUGUUUUUGAUAUUCCUAUUCAUACUAUUAUAUCAAUAUGCAUUUUUAUGGAAAUACUAUAAAAGUAUCAACAUUUGACAAAAAAAACGCGAUCGUUUAUAACUUUUCAUUAUAAUAUUAUAUUAAAUG